UUUCCCACUAUUCCUCAAGUACAAGGUGAGUGUUUCGAAAUAUUAUCAAAUAUACAGUGUGGGGCAAUCAUGAGGGACUGUAGUCAUAUCCCCAUGUGGAAAGUAUCAAAAGAGCAUUGGACUCCAGCAUGAAACCGGAAUACCAAUCGGUGUCCUACAUACAGAUAUUUUCAGCGGUCUUACAGGUGACAAUUUCGUCAGCUUAUAUAGUGGAUACUGAGUACUGUGGAUUUUCCAAAUCAACACAAAAUAUUUCCACAUCGUGCCCUGUAAAUGAAUCAUCAUGGAUUAAGGCUGCGAAUGAGUUUGGUUGUUCAAAUCAUAACGACAAAUGUGGAGGAGAUUUGAAAUAUCACUGCCUUAUUAAUCCUUGGCAAAAUGAAACCGUGGAAGUUUGUGCACCUGCAACAAGUAUUCGUUCAGGUCACUGUGCUGAAUACAAUGCACGAGGAGGAAAAAUACAAGAAUUUUACCGUCAGAACUGUAAAACAUGCACACAGGACUACAUGUCAACUGAAGCAUAUAAAUACCAAGAAUGUUACUUAGAGGUAUAUAUGCAAAAAGCAAUAGUGCUGCAAGAACAUGUAACGCGAACAAAUCAGGAACAGAAACAAGAAUCAGAGCAGGCAACAAACAAUGGUAUAGUUAAAAUUAAUAAUAAAGAGAUUGAAACAUUGAACAAGUUGAAGCAACAGUUAAUACAGCAAUAUGGAAAUCAAACAGAACAGGAUAUGAUUGGAACAUACUCUGAUCAGGAAAUCGAAUUAAGAGCCAUGGCUAAUAUCAAUAGUGGAGGCAGUACCACAAAAUGGAAUAUUUUACAUCUUUUUGCCAUUCUACUCCAUUUCAAAACUUUAUUUUAAAUUUAUCGUCUUUGUCCUUGCCAUAAGAUUUUUGAAUAUGUAUACAGUAAACAUGAAUGUUGCAAGGUUUCGAAGAACUUGUAUCAGGGAGUUGAAGCUGAAAGAAAAGAACCCAUUAUAAUCUAAAUAUUUUUUAAUAUUUAUAUAUGUAUGUUUUGACAAUUCAUUCAUUUUUAACGACGACGCAUUGUCAAUUUACGACGAGUAUUUUUACUCUUAUGUCAAUAUAUCCUGGUGAGCUUCAAAUACUGUUAAAGAUACCAUAGAAUAUUACAAUAUUUUAAAAUAAAAACGAGUUAAUGGUAAUCUUACAACCAAGCUCUAUAUUAAACGUAAUGACUUUAAUUAAUGUUUUAUAUCAAUCCAAAAUGUUUUCUAAAAUUCAACUCGUAUGUCAUCUAGAUCAAGUGCUUUAUAUUUUUUUCAUGCAUAUCCCAGUUCUUUCUCGAGACUAUGUAUGCUUUUACUGCUUUUUUAUCUUAUAUCGAAGUUUUUUUGUGUAAUUUAUGUUUUUUUAUAUUAUUAUUCAUUUUAUUUACAGCUAGUCUUGUUCAAAAUCUGUAGUUCUUUUAUUCAAUUGGUUUGUUACCUAUUUUUUUUUUUACUUUUAGUCUUAGCGUAAUCUAUAUAAUACUCAAAUUUAUUAUUUUCCAACUUACUGUUGACAUGUAACGCCUCUAAAAUAAAGUUGUUUUUUUUUUUGAAGAUGUCUUUCAGUUGCUUACAAAACUGCUAAUUUACUCAAUAUGCACUUUAAAAUGCCCACAGAUUCUCUAUUUCGCUGGAAAAUAUAAUGGAUUGAAUGGCCACGAAAAAGUCACCGAAAGUCGCAUCUCAGUUUGUACUGGAAGAUCUUUUAUCUUGUUAUAUUUUGUGCAAGUAAAUACUGUAACAAUAUAAACGGAUUUUGUAACUCUUUGAAAACACAAAUCAAUAAACUUUAUUUAAAAGAA